AUGGCUGAUCUUGGAUAUUUCACGUCGGCGUACUCGGCUUUCCUCGACCUCUUCUUUGCCCUCUACCCGAUCCCACUCAUCAUGCGACUGAACAUGCCCUUUAAAUCUCGUAUUGCAGUCUCUAUUGCUCUCGGGCUUAGUGGGCUAGCUUGCAUCGUGUCCGUCUACAAGCUGGCGAUUUUCGGGCAGGUUUUUAAGAUUCUCGAGCAAGAUCCGACAUACCCAGUCCCCUACCUUGAUAUCCUCGGCGUCGCAGAGGGCUCUAUCCUCCUCAUCUGCGCGUCCAUACCAACCCUGGGGCCUCUAUUUCAUUUCGCGAGAGGAACUCCCACCAGCGGGGGCGACAGCAGAAGCAUGCCCAACCAGUCGGGAGAUAACUCCCAAGGUGGUCGCCCUGGUGGUAUCGGCAAUGGUAGUUGGGGUAAAGUGAAGGGCGAUAUUCUGGGGUACGCGGAGCGCGGAUCGAUUGGUAUGACUUCGAGCGUGGAUGAUAUCCCUCUCGUUCCAUCUUCUAAGCGCUAA